AUGUGGGGGACGCCGGGUGCUGCAGUGCGGAGCAUCCGUCCCUACCGGUCCAGCGAGCAGUACCUCUACGCCAUGAAGGAGGACUUGGCUGAGUGGUUGAAGGAGCUGUAUGACCUGGACAUCGAGGUGGGCACCUUCGUGGAGGUGCUGGAGACGGGGGCUGUGCUCUGUUCCCACGCCAACAACAUCACCCACGUAGCUGGGGAGUUUGCCCGCAGCUGCCCCGGCGUGGCCUGCCACCUCCACCUGCCUACUGCCGGCGUCGCCUGCAACCUCGCGGCACAGCCGGGCACCUUCCAGGCCAGGGACAACAUCUCCAACUUCAUCCAGUGGUGCAGGAAGGAGAUGGAUAUUAAAGAUGUCCUGAUGUUCGAGACGGAGGACCUGGUGCUGAGGAAGAACGAGAAGAACUUUGUCCUGUGCCUGCUGGAGCUGGCGCGCCGCGCUGCCCGCUUCGGCAUGCGUGCCCCGACCCUCGUGCAGAUGGAGGAGGAGAUCGAGGAAGAGCUCCGCCAGGAGCUGGACCUGCCACCCACGGACACCCCCCUGCCCUGGCCCCCCAGGAAACUCCGGGACCUCCACAACCUCGACCAGAUGGUCCAGCACCUGGUGAGCCGCUGUACCUGCCCCGUCCAGUUCCCCAUGAUCAAGAUAUCCGAAGGGAAAUACCGCGUGGGUGACUCUGACACCCUCAUCUUUGUCCGGAUCCUGCGGGAGCACAUCAUGGUGCGGGUCGGGGGCGGCUGGGACACGCUGGAGCACUACCUGGACAAGCACGACCCGUGUCGCUGCACCUC